GCAUACUCCCCUGAGACUAAUGUGAAGUGUUUCUUCUUGCCUGGAAUGGUGAAAUUUGAGGGCUUGUUGAUGCAGCAGGUGAGUGAGGAGGAGCUUAACAGAAAGGGUAAAAGUCUUGAAGAUGAAGAGGUUGAGGAACUAAGACAUGAGUUAGACGCACAGAUACAGGUGAGAACUGCCCUUCAGGCUGCCCUGAAAGCCCCGGUCAGCUCUCGUCCCAAACUCUCUUCCCUCCCUCCCAUGGUCCAACAACUCAUUGAAGAGGUCAUGUACAUUGAGGAAGAGAUCUUCUGGCUGGAGAGAAAGGUGAAAAACUUGAAACUUAGUUUGUUACGCGAGAAGGCACUGACGAAAUGCCAGGAAAAACGUUAUCACCACCGAAGGAUGUUAAUUCCCAGACCCACAGAUUCAUACCCUCCUCAGUCUCGUGAAGGAAGUGUAAAGUGCAAAACUAGAAGAAAUGGGAGAGCUUCCAUCUGUUCACCGGUGGAUCUCAGAAGCACUUGUUCUACAAUGUCUAACAAUGGAGAUGUUGGGGAGAGCUCAAGGAGUUCAAGAAGCAGGAGAUCCCAUACUCAACCGGACCUAAAGAACAGUUCCGAGAAACCUAAUAAGCUUUCGGAAGAACUGAUAAGAUGUCUAGUAAAUAUCUUACUCAAACUAAACAAGGCAUCACUCGAGAGUCGAGGGUCAGCUGUUUUUCAAAAGCAUCAGCAGCCGCUUUCCAACAAGAAAUCCAAAAGAUUCAUGUCAAGAACCUCAUUGAGUUGUACAACAUUAUGCACCUUUUCCUUCAACGACUAUGCUUCAAACCUCGACCCUUACGGGAUUUUGCAAGAUUCUGAUGGCAGUAUCACACAGAUUGGGUCAUACAAGAAUUUCAUUGAAGUCUCACGAAGCUCACUCGAUACCAAGCAUAUUUCUGAGUGUCUUCCAGAGAUGGGAAAAUUACGGAUUUUGCUUCAUAAACUCAAACACGCAGAUUUGUCUUACUUGACAAACAAGCAGAAGUUAGCAUUCUGGAUUAACAUCUACAAUGCCUGCAUAAUGCAUGUACUGUGUUUCUGCAGCACGGUUUACCUUUAUCAGGGGAAGAUCAAGUGGCACUUAUGAACAAGGCUGCAAUAAAUGUUGGUGGAAUUAUAUUAAAUGCAUUGGCCAUUGAGCAUUUCAUCCUUAGGCAUCCAUCUGACAGCGAAUAUGACCUGAGAGAUGAGAAGGGAAUCAUGCUGAGGACUGCAUAUGGCCUGGGUUACCCAGAACCAAACAUCACUUUUGCACUUUGCCGGGGCAGCUGGUCAUCACCAGCAGACUAGAGAGCGUAUUCAGAAGGUUAACUAAGAUGUACGAGAUUCCAUAGAAUGAACAUUUACACGUUUGGGGGUUCCAGUUGAGGAUUUAUACACAUGACGUUGUGAAUGAAUUGGAGAGAGCAAAAGUUGAGUAUUUGGAGGCUUCAGUUGGAGUUUCAAGCAGCAAGAAGAAGAUAAUGGUUCCCAAGCUGAUGCGGUGGCAUAUGAGAGAUUUUGCAGAUGACAUGGAGUCACUAAUAGAAUGGAUUUACAGCCAAUUACCACAUUCUUGCACACUGAAAGGAUUAAUAAUGGAGUGUCUAGAAGGGGGGAAGAAAACACCGUUGGCUAAAAUGAUUGAAAUCCAACCCUAUGCUUCUGAGUUUCGAUAUCUCUUGCUUUUAUAGAUACAGCAAGAAAGCAUCAUUACAAUAGAGCAGAUAAUUGUCUCCGUAAAUAGAAACUACUCCCUCUGUCCCCCAAAAAAUAGUUCUGCUUGUAAUACAAACAACUCUUGUCUAAAAUGGAUGCAGUUACAGAAAGAAACCAUUUGUAAGCCAAAAUAGACUGAGAUGUGAGUA